AUCUUUGACUUACACUACAAAUUUUGAGUAAUGUUUAUCAAAAUAAAAUAAUCUGCAAACUGAUCAACAAGAGCUGCUCAAAUCUGACCGUAGUACAGGUUAUUGUCUGAAGUGUGGAGGUGAUGAGCUUUGAUUUCUGUUUUCUGUAGAGUUUCCAGUCUCUCUCAGCUCCUCCUGAAUCUACAGAUGUAAAUGACGAUCCCUUCAGUUCUCUCUCUGCUUUUGAUAUCAUGAGAGAAUCUGUUCUUCAGCUGAAAUACAAACUGGAGGAUUUCUGCAAAGAGGAGCUGAAGAAGAUCUCUGAGAAAGUCUCUUUCACCAACAUUGUUCCCAGGACCAGGAACGACUUCCUACAAUAUUCCCAUCAGUUCACUCUGGAUCUGAACACAGCGAGUGAAAACCUCUGUCUGACUGAGGAGAACAGAAUGAUUACUAACAAUGACACAGAGCAGUCGUAUCCUGAUCAUCCAGACAGAUUUGAUUUUGUGUCUCAGGUGUUGUGUAGAGAGAGUGUGUGUGAUCGACGCUGUUACUGGGAGAUUGAGUGGAGAGGUGAUGUGUAUAUAUCAGUGUCAUAUAAGAGCAUCAGCAGGAAGGGAGGUGAUGAGUGUUGGUUUGGAUAUAAUGAUCAGUCCUGGAGUUUGUUCUGCUCUUUCUUCAGUUACUCAUUCAGACACACAUUGAGACUAAACUCCCUGUAAAGCCCAUCAUCAGCAGUAGAAUAGGAGUGUAUGAUGAGGAUGAUGAUGAUGAUGAUUUAGAGUCCUUCAUCAGGCGUAGAAUAGGAGUGUAUGUGGAUCACACUGCAGGAACUCUGUCCUUCUACAGAGUCAAGAGAAACACAAUGAUCCUCAUCCACACAGUCCAGACCACAUUCACUCAACCGCUCUAUCCUGGGUUUAGGGUUUUUAAAAGAUCAUUUGUGAAACUGUGUAAAUGAAUAAGAUUAGACUGUACAGAGA